CCCUGUUUUCCCUUCAUAAUGACGCAUUGUUCAGAAGCAAAACUGUGGCCGAGGGAACAGCAAGCAAGGCCUGUCCGAAUCCUGGGACCAGUUCUGGACAAAAGAAAGGUUUUCAAGUUGGCAAACUCUUCAACAUCGUACAGCCGAAAGGAAGCAGCGGUCCGCAUGUUGGAGCUGGGGGUAUAUUUGCCGUCUUCGAUGAUGGCUGUUGCCUUGGUCCUGGUUGUCCUGAGUGCCUACCCUGGUUUGACGGCUCCGCUACAGGACUUAGAUGAUGCUUUGGACCUGAACAACGUGACGGAUUUGGAGAGCCUGGAACCCAACAUUUAUGGAGAUAAUUAUGAUUAUGAUGACUUGGACCAAGAAAUGGAAGUGGGAACUGUAGCAGCAAACAUUGGCCAACCAGACAGCCAAACCACAACUAUGGAAGGACCUUUAACCAUGGAUUUCAAAGGAUCUGGUUUAUUUGGACCUCAGACUUCAUUGGGUAUGCCUACCUGCCUUCUGUGUGUGUGUAUUGGAGGAAGUGUGUACUGUGAUGACACCGGACUAGAACAAAUCCCCCCCCUGCCCAAGGACACCACUCAUUUUUAUGGACGCUUCAACAUGAUCCGACACAUCAAGAACACUGACUUCAUAAACCUCAGUAAGCUUCAGUCCAUCGAUCUCACCGGAAACCAAAUUUCCGAAAUGGAUGAGGAUGUGUUUCGCUCGCUACAGCAACUCCAGGACUUGCUGUUAGCUGACAACAACCUGCAGUUCUUGCCAGAACUACCGGUCACCAUGAAGCACGUUGAUCUACGAAACAACAGGCUGAUCAGCCGUGGGAUCCAUUCCGAGAUAUUCAAGGAUAUGAGCCAGCUGGAAUUCCUGUAUCUGUCCAAUAAUUACCUUGAUUACAUUCCGACUCCGCUGCCAUUGAGUCUCAGAGUAUUACACCUGCAGGGUAACAAAAUCCAGUACCUCCAUGAAGACACUUUCUGUGACCGCCAUGACCGAAACUUCAUCCGUCACAACCUGGAGGACAUCCGCUUGGACGACAAUCCCUUGAACAUCCAUCAGUUCCCACAGGCCUACGUCUGCCUGCCACGGCUGCCUGUAGGAAGACCAUGAUAGUAACGACAACGUCAAAAUUGGUGUUAGUAUGAUGGUGAUGUUUGUUUGGAAUUGAACACAUCUUUUUUUGUGUUUAGAUGUGCUUCUGUGAACGAAAUCACGUUUUUGUUUUGUUAUCUCUGGGUUUGUAGUAGUGGUCUGUCGAUCAUGAACGAACGAGUCAAAAGAACUGGUUCUUUUUUGUGAACGGAAUACACAAGGUCAACCGCCCCUAAAAUACCCGUUCAAUUAGUUCAGUUGCAAAUGCUUGUUUUUUUGAUUGGCUGGAGAGUCAGUUCACCGUUCCUUUUGUAGGGCGGGACUAUCUGCGUUCUUGCCUGUCUUAUCCAAUCGUUGAGCCUCGCUCUGUGGGUGGGUGGGGUUAGCUGACUGAAAGACCGAGAGAUUGAGAUUCCGUUCCCAGAAAAGAGCUAUUUCUUAUGACCCGUUCGUUCAUGACGGACACAUCACUGGAGUUGGAAUGAACGUUAACAAGAGUGAACGAACUGACUCGACACUGUCUAUACACAGUAUAAUAUAUAAUAAUAAUAUAAUAUAAUAAUUGAUAAUUAACUAAUUUAAUUGUUUUUUUUAAUUAAAGAUAUUUAUUUCUCGAUAUUCAAAAAAUAUGAAAACAUUUAACUAACAACUAAAAACUAGUAAGUAUUCCACUAGUAUUUGUAUUUCUUAGCUACACCUUUUGAAUGUUAAGUUGCUGUGUGAUGACUUUAGUUGUGAGUCAGACUGUUAUACUGAAUAGUGACCUCCCUCCUUUGAUUUCCAAUGCGCUGACAAGUUUGCUAUGAGUUCAGUGAUAGUCUGUGAUUGACGGCUGUCAAAGAAAGAGACACCGUUUCUUCACGGACUCGCCAGCGGCAAAAUAUUUAAAUGACGAGUAGUCGUUCCGCUACUGUUGUGGCCGUAACUGACGGCAAGAACUCUGAAAAAAUAAACUGUAUUGGUACAAAUACAUAUUUAAUUCUAAAUAAAGUAUGAUUUAAGAAAAUAUUAAAAUAUUAUUAAUUAUGAAAAAAAUACCUUACCCCAAAUAAACACUUAAAAUAACAUUUUAAUGUUAUUUAUGGUACACAUUUUAUUGUAAAUUAAGUAUCAUGAUUUGUAUACCAACAUAUUAAUAACAAAUAAAACUGCAUCGGUACAACUAAAAGCCUUACCCCAAAUAAAUGCCUUAUAUUUAUUAUAAUACAUAUUAUAUUGGCAAUGGACUAUCAUGAUUUGUGAACCGAUAUUCUAUAUAUUCUUUCAUUAAUUUUCUGCCGCUUAUCCUCACGAGGGUCACAGGAGGUGCUGGAGCCUAUCCCAGCUGUCUUCGGGCGAGAGGCGGGGUACACCCCGGCCAAUCACAGGGCACAUAUAGACAAACAACCGCACUGAACUCUGAACCUCCAAUAACCCGUCCUAUUUGUUACCUGUUCUGUUCCCCUACUAGUAGGUGUGUAAAUGUGACUAUAGGGUUGCUAUUUCAUGUCUGGAGGGCUCUAAUAAUGUAGUAAAACAUAUUUAGAAGAUCGGAAACAGGAAACUUGCUAUAACAUAUCUACAAAAUACACCAUUUAUGAGCAUUUAUGAGCUGUACUGUUUCUUCUUUCACCACUUAGCUCGGCAAUAUUUGUUAUAUCUCUUCCUAAAAUGUUGUAUUUUGAUGGAAAUUAAAAUCAAUAUUGUUACACCCACUUGUCAGCUGCACCUUUAUGAUUAAA